AUGUCGUUCUCCGAAGGAGUGUCCAAUUCGACGCUUGCUGGGAAUAUCUCCUCCCACAAUUCCACGGCCGGUGGAAACAGAAUGGAGUGGGGAUCACCUUCCGUCAUGUCAGUGGUCAUCUUCACCCUCACCUUCUUACUGGGCGUCCCGGGCAACAGUGCAGUCAUCUGGGUGUUUGGCUUCAAGGUGAAGAGUAAGGUCCACACGGUGUGCUUCCUGAACCUGGCUGUGGCUGACCUGAUCUAUUGCCUGACUCUCCCCUUCCGCAUGGCCAACAUGUUCCUGAGCUUCUCUGGGGAUACAGACUACUUUUCCAAUAAUUUUCUUGGAACCUUGAUGUUGCUCAACGCAUCCGCCAGCAUAUAUCUGUUAUGUCUGAUCAGCAUCUACCGCUGCCUGGGUAUUAUUCGGCCAAUUUGGUUCCAGCAACAUGUGAGCCGCACAUGGGUGCAUGCGGCCUGCUUCGGAGUAUGGAUCCUUGUCUUCAUUAUGUGGCUACCCCUUCUUCUGCUCCAGGAUUUGGAGGAGGAAUCGGCCGUGUUGGAGUCGAUUUGGUUUGUUUUCAGCUUCGGCAUCCCCUUAGUAAUUAUCAUCACCUGCUACUCCUUGGUUGGCUGGAGGCUGCAACGGGACAGGUUCGUCAAAUCUAAGAAGUCUUUCCGCCUCAUCGUCUCCGUUGUCAUCACAUUUAUAAUCUGCUGGACCCCCAGCACGAUCUGCGACCUCCUAUCAACCUUCACCACAUCGAUUCCCGAAGACUGGACGAUAUUGACUGCAGCUUUGGCCUCCUUCAACAGCGCCCUCAACCCUCUUCUAUAUGUCGUUGUAGGCCGCAAAUUCCGCCAGGUCAUUAGGCGGUCUCUGCAUGCCUCGCUCCGGCUGGCCUUCGCCCAGCAGAGGCUAGAAUUAGAGGCCCGGACCCGCAACCACACCUCGUGUCCGACUAUCUGA